AGCGUUUACGCACAAACAGCGCACACUAAUCAACCGAGGCUCUGCUGCAACUUCUCCUGUUUGUGUUUUACGCGCCACAGAGGAAUCUCUCACCGCACUAUAGCAGCCAUGGAUGAAAUGGAGGAAGAGUUAAAAUGCCCUGUUUGCGGCUCUUUCUACCGGGAGCCCAUCAUACUGCCGUGCUCCCACAACAUUUGCCUGGCUUGUGCUCGGAAUAUUCUUGUGCAAACCCCCGACGCAGAAUCUCCACAGAGCAGCCGUGCCUCCGGAUCCGGCGUAUCCGAUUAUGAUUAUCUGGAUUUGGAUAAAAUGAGUUUGUACAGCGAGGCGGACAGUGGUUAUGGCUCUUAUGGGGGCUUCGUCAGCACUCCGACCACCCCUUGCCAAAAAUCGCCAAACGGGGUGCGUGUUUUCCCCCCGACUGUCCCCCAGCCUCCCCCGCAACAGCAUCUCCUCCCACAGCCCGGCUCCUUACCUCCGAUCCCCCGCAACUCCUGCAUCACUUGCCCGCAGUGUCACCGCAGUCUCAUCUUGGACGACCGGGGGCUUCGCGGAUUCCCCAAGAACCGGGUGUUGGAGGGUGUUGUGGACAGGUACCAACAGAGCAAAGCGGCAGCUCUCAAAUGUCAGCUCUGCGAGAAGAGUCCGAAAGAGGCCACCGUGAUGUGCGAGCAGUGCGACGUCUUCUACUGCGACCCGUGCCGUCUACGGUGCCAUCCUCCCCGCGGUCCCCUCGCCAAGCAUCGCCUGGUACCCCCUGCGCAGGGGCGGAUAAGUCGCCGAACGAGUCCACGUAAAAUCUCCACAUGCACAGAGCACGAACUGGAGAAUCUAAGCAUGUACUGUGUGCAGUGUAAGAUGCCCGUGUGUUAUCAGUGUUUGGAAGAGGGCAAACACGGCACACAUGAAGUCAAAGCUCUGGGCGCAAUGUGGAAACUGCACAAGGGUCAGCUGUCUCAGGCUCUCAAUGGCCUGUCAGACCGAGCCACAGAGGCCAAGGAGUUCUUGAUCCAGCUGAGAAACACAGUGCAGCACAUCCAGGAGAACGGAGUGGAGUUCGAGGCCUGUUUGGUGGCGCAGUGCGACGCCCUCAUCGACGCUCUGAACCGGCGCAAGGCUCAGCUGCUGUCUCGAGUUAACAAAGAGCACGAACACAAGCUGAAGGUUGUUCGGGAUCAGAUCUCCCACUGUACAGUGAAGCUGCGUCAGACCACAGGCCUGAUGGAGUACUGUCUGGAGGUCAUCAAGGAGAACGACCCCAGUGGUUUCCUCCAGAUCUCUGACGCUUUGAUCCGGAGGGUCCACAUGACAGAGAGCCAGUGGGGGAAGGGCACCCUCACCCCGAGGAUGACCAGCGACUUUGACCUCACUCUGGACAGCGGACCCCUCCUGCAGACCAUCCACCAGCUGGACUUUGUUCAGAUGAAAGUCCCAGCUGCUCCCAUGCUCCAGCUGGAGGAAUGUUGCACUCAAAACAACAGCGCCACGUUGUCAUGGAAACAGCCGCCGCUCUCCACCAUCACCGUGGAGGGAUACAUCCUGGAGCUGGACGAUGGAAAUGGGGGGCCGUUCAGGGAAGUGUACGUGGGGAUAGAGACCAUCUGCACGGUGGACGGGCUCCACUUCAACAGUACGUACAAGUCCAGAGUGAAGGCCUUCAAUGCCAGCGGAGUGGGACAGUACAGCAAGACGCUCAUCAUGCAGACCUCUGAGAUUGCUUGGUUCACCUUUGACACCGCCUCCGCCCACCCCGACAUCAUCUUCUCCAACGACAACCUGACGGUGACGUGCAACAGCUACGACGACAGAGUGGUGAUGGGCAACUCCGCCUUCUCCCGCGGCGUGCACUACUGGGAGAUGACCGUCGAUCGCUAUGACAACCACCCUGACCCGGCCUUCGGGGUCGCACGGGGUGACGUCCUGAAGGAUGUGAUGCUGGGGAAGGACGACAAGGCCUGGGCCAUGUAUGUGGACAACAAUCGCUCUUGGUUCAUGCACAACAACUCGCACACUAACAGGACGGAUGGUGGCAUUGGCAAAGGAGCCACAAUAGGAGUACUGCUAGAUUUCACACGCAGGAUCAUCAUCUUCCUCAUCAAUGAUGAGCAGCAGGGUCCGGUGGCAUUUGAGGGCUUGGAGGGCGUCUAUUACCCCGCUAUCAGCCUCAACCGAAACGUCCAGGUCACCCUUCACACUGGUCUACCCAUCCCUGAUUUCUACACCCCCGGAGAGGCUGAUCCAACCGGCUCCGUGUGCUAAAGACUCAUCACCAGUUGCCCAGGGCUCAUCCUGCCAGUCCCACCCCCCCCUCGCCCCUCUUGUCCCCCUAACCGACUGACCCCGUGACUCCCUGCAAGGGGCCCAUCCAGCGCUGAGCCAUGCCUUUAUCAUGCCUAAACCUUGGACUCAUGGACCAUCCGCAGGACUCUGGCGUGAAACGGAUCUUGAUGUGAUACAGAUAAGCUCUCGUUGAAGAAACCAAACUAUAAACUCGAGCCUGAAAGAGGAGGUUGUUUUUUUAAAAAGGGUCGACUUAGAAAAAGGAACUCAGUCAUAUCAUCUCGAUUCAAUUUAGUGCAUCUUACUCUAAUUCUAAUUGUCAUCCUGCACAAACACAAGAUCCUUCAUGUUUCUUUUCCUGCCUUUACACAUUUAAAACACCAGGGGGAGCAUGAGAGGUAGUCUUUUAGUGUGUGUGUGUGUGAGUGGGUUUUUGUUACAUCUUGGGGACCUUUUCCUGUAUAAACGCCAACUUUGUCGGGACCAGUAUUCCUCAUGGGGACCAAAGCCUGGUCCUAAUGGUGCAAAACGUCAUUUUGAGGUCCCGGUUAAGGUUAGGGGUUUGGGUUAGGCUGUCCACAAUGAAUGGAAGUCAUCGCAAUGUCCUAACAAAGGAUAGCUGUGUGAGUGUGUGUGUGUGUGUGUGUGUGUGUGUGUGUGUGUGUGUGUGUGUGUGUGUGUGUGUGUGUGUGUGUGUGUGUGUGUGUGUGUGAGGGUGUGUGUGUGAGAGUGGGUCGAGACUGGUCAGCAGCUGCAAUGAUCCCUGGAUGACAGCAAUAGUCCGACUCUCCACCGCCUCACUGUCGUAUCCUCGUCCGUGUAAAUGAGACGCUUUUCUUAGUGGCUUAGCUCGUGUGAACCUUCUGUAUCGUCUGUAAAAAACAAAACAAACAACUUAAAUAUAAAGAAAUAAAAAUACAGCAUCGGUGUGUAAAAUGCUACGGGAAGCAAGGCCUUCAUGCAGCCUUUCUCUGCGCUGCAGCUCUCGGAAAAGGAGGGAGGGAUUUUUGGUCUCAUGUAUCAUACGAGCGGGCGAUUCUGUGCGUCGAAGAAUGCGUUGAAGUUGACGACUGAGAAGCUGCUUGAAUAAGGUGCUAAAGCAGCUCGCUUAGUUCUGGCUUUUUUUUUUUUUUUUACUGUAGGUGACUGAAUCCUGGUAGUUUUGUAAUAUUGUUAUUGAGAUUAUCUAUUGCAAAGAGGUGUAUAGCUAAAUAAGUUAUUGAUGUUCAGAGUUUUUCCAAUGAGAAUCCGUCAUUGUUCCUUUAUUUGAUGUAUAGCUACGAAAGAAACAAAGACGCAGAAUCUUUUUUUGUGUUUUUGUUUUGUUUUGUUGCUUUAAAGAUGUAGUUUGGAGUUUGUUCUUGAACUGACGAGGCUUUUCGGUUUGCUUUAUGUCCUACAAAAAGCAACAGGAAAGGUGACGAUGCAUUGGGACAUCGAAUUUGGGCAACGAGCAGUUUGAAGUUUCUCAAAAAUGUUUCCUGGCAGCACUGAGUGAACACAAGUGAUUAUUCUGAGGGAAAUGUUGCAUCUCAGCCCAGACACAUUAUAGCACAUGUCCAGCAUACACACACGGUGCUCUCCUGUGUUUUGAGCUUCAUGGGUGUGCCUUCUCUCCCCCUCCUCCCCCACACACACUUUUCAAAUCCCCAAAAUGAUUUAUGAAACUUUGCUACAAACCAGAUUCAUCGCUUCAGCAGAGUCAACUGCAACAUCUGUGAUGCCUGACUUCACCUGCUGCUAACGUAUUUUUUCUAUCGUAAAAAAAACAAAAAAAGGGCAAAACUAGACAGUAAUCAUGUUUGCUAUGGAUAUAAUAACCACACAGUAUUUAAGGAAAUAUUAGUCAGGUAUGGUGAAGUGUCUUUUCUUAACUUCCUGUGAUUUUUUUCUGAUUGUAAAAUCAUCUGGAAUCAAUAUGACAUGGUUGGAGAAGUGGCUGCACACAGAAUAUUACAGAUAUAAUCCCCCAGUAUGAUAUGUGCAUGUGUACUGACGCUUAUAAAUGAAAACCAGGCAGCGUUCAGUAAAUUGCACGAUCUCUGCUGCAAGGCUGACUUUCAAGCUGUGAUUUUAUUUAAUUGGCUGUCUUUCAAGGUAAACCCUUUUGUCCGGACAUAAUUAUAAAGCUACAGCAUAAAGGCAGAGGGGUCACUGAGCAGCGAGAGCCUCCUUUGACUCAUAACAGAGACAAGACAGUGCAGCCAUUAUCACAGCAUUACACAACCUCAGAUUCCAGGACAAAUAAACAAAACAGCUUUAGUUCAGAAAAACAAAAAAGGUUCAUUAAAGGGAUUUUCCAUAUGUCCAGUAUGAGAUGACACACACUUCUGUUACUUUUCGACACUCUUCGACAUUUUCUGUGUGAAUUUGUGAAGCUGAAUCAGUUUGUUUGAUUGAAAAAUGACAUAAAUGUGUGUUUCUGACCUGAACACAUGGAGGUGCUGAAACUCAACAGUGUGUGAUUGUAACAUUUAUUGUUUCUAAACCAGCCAAAUACGCUUUAAUAAUGUUAAAACAGACCCGGGGAUGAUUUGACGUAAAAUCAUACUUUUAUGAAUUAUUGACACGCGGUCGCUGGGCGAUACUGGGUGUCUCCAAAUGUACAUACAUACUGUAUGUGUGUGUGAGUGUGUGUGUGUGUUAACUGCAUUAUAACCUCAUUUUAACUCCAAAGUGAUUAUUUUUGCCCCGUUUGAUCUGAGGUGGAAUUUCAUCACUCGAUAUUCUUUACAGUGAUACUCGAAUAUGUCUAUUUUAUGGAUAUGAAAUGAACAUUGUUACUACUUUGAUUUUAACACAGUAUGAUUACUAUGAUUGUUAUAAUUAUGUGUCUAUCAUUACCAUAUUACUGCUAUUAUUAUU